ACGCCGGCCCGCCGCAGCCCGCGCACACCCGGCACAGCCCGAGCUGCAGCUCCCCCGGAUCCCGCGGCGCAGGAGAGACCCCGAGAGACCCCAGGAGGGACCCCCGAGGAGCAGCGAGCAGCAGGAUGGGCCAGUGCAACUGCCGCAAGAAGCGCAAGGACUGCCAGGAGCUGACGGACGUGGAGCGAGCCAUCGAGACCGUCAUCAGCCAGUUCCACUGCUACGCCGUGAAGGGCCAGAAGGAGUACCUGACCCCCAACGAGAUGCAGGAGCUGGUGGUGCAGAAGCUGCCGCACCUGGGCAAGUGCGUGGGACCCCUGGAAGAGAAGAUCGAGUGCAUGGGAGACCCUAACGAGGCCAAGCUGGAGUUCGGGGAGUACUGGGACAUGAUGGGGGAUGCGGCCAAGGGCUGCCGGAGGAAGUAGAGGGUGCUGGGGGGGGACGGGAAGGCGCCCGAGGUUCCGCUCCUGGAAACGCCGGAGGCCGCCGAGCUCGGGGGGGACGCGCCUGGGGACAAAGCGACCUCGGAGGAUCCCCCUGCCCUCUCCAUCCCUGCCCUCCUCGGCUCUAAUCCAGCCAGGAUCGCUCCCUUCCCGCCCCCGGCUCUGCCCCGUGCCCGGCGCGGGGGGCGCGGGGGGGAUCCUGGUCCCGGAGCCGCCUCCAGCCCCGGUCCCUGGGACCCUCCGGGUGCGGCUCCCCCCGGUCCCCGAGCUCCGCAGCCAUCGGGAUUCGGCUCCUUCCCCUCGGAAUUGGGGGGCUUGACCCCCCAGCUCCGUGCCCCAUCACCCCAUGGCACCUCCACCCCCGGGUUUGUCCCACCUUCGUCCCCCGGGACCCUCCGGGUGCGGCUCCCCUCGGUCCCGGAGCUUUGGAGCCACCUGGACUCGGCUCCGUCCCCCUGAUCCCCCCGGGAUUUGGGGGGUUCGUCCCCCCAGCUCCACCCCAUGGCACCCCAUGGCAUCUCCAGGGGCACCUCCAUCCCCGGGUUUGUCCCAUCUCCGUCCCCCGGGACCCUCCGGGUGCGGCUCCUCCGGUCCCGGAGCUUCGGAGCCAUCAGGACCCGGCUCCUUCCCCUUGAUCCCCUCGGGAUUUUGGGGCUCGUCCCCCCAUGGCACCUCCAUGGCACCUCCAUGGCACCUCCAUCCCCGGGUUUGUCCCACCCGCGGUCCCCGGGGCCCUCCGUGUUCGGUUCCCCCCGGUCCCGGAGCUCCGGAGCCAUCGGGACCCGGCUCCUUCCUCCUCGGGAUUUUGGGGUUCGUCCCCCCAGCUCCGUGCCCCGUCACCCCAUGGCACCUCCAUGGCACCCCCAUGGGCAUCUCCAGGGGCACCCCGAGCUCCGCCGUGCCCGUGGGUGGGUGCGGGUGGUCCCGGAGCGUUCCCUGUGGGCCCCCCCCCGGUUUUUGGGGGGUUAUUUUGGGGUUUUUGCCCUCCCGGUGUUCCCCGCACCUCCAGGGGUUCGGGCAUGGGGUCGGGCGGGGCCGCU